CCCCCCCUGUGGAAAAUCCUAGGUACGCCACUGAUUGGCAUAAUACUAGCACAUAAAUUACACCAGUCCUAUCACAUCUGGCUACACCGUGUUUAGAUAUCCAGAUUAGAAACCUACACGGUACGUCGCGCAUCGUAAUACAUAAAAUUAUACUUAGGACGAUGUCGAACCGUCAAAUUUUCGGCAGGUUUCCGUUGCUGUUUUUGCUUCUGGCUGUUGACAUCAGUUUGGGGGACCUGAACAACUUUUGCGACGAGGAAAUCCCGAAGUGGCUUGACGUUAAAUUCAGUGGCAAAGAUCCCAUUUCAAACGGCGAUGCAUUACCUAUUACAUUAUUGCAAGAACCGCAGACGGGAAAGGAAUCUCCUCUCGUCCGUUAUGAAAAGGCUUCUGGGGAAGAUUACUACACACUUCUGAUGAUUGACCCAGAUGCCCCUCAGUCGCCUUGGCUUCAUUGGCUGGUCAUGAAUAUCAAGGGCGAUGAUCUAAAAGACUUUGGAGAUUUAAACGGACAUACAGUAACCGAAUACGCUCCUCCCACUCCUCCAGCUGGCAGUGGUUUCCACCGUUACUAUUUCUAUCUCUACUACCAGCCUCACGGCGCGGUUUCGCCGGAUCUUGGCUUUGCGGUUCGAAGUCGAGCCCGUUUCGAUGUGGGUGCCCUUUUGGAAGAGUAUGGCCUGGAGUGCAAGGCCACAAAUUAUUUCAAGACUCGGUCCGAAUAAAAACCAUUAUAUUCGUACAGCAGUUUCCAGACAUGGAUAGAAAAUACAAUUUCAAGAUAAACGCACUUCAAGAAUGAUAAAAAUAUUUUUUUUAAUGACGGCAUGCCAAUUCUAUUUAAAAAAAGGCGUAUAAAGCAGGGACUUGCAUUCCUACUAAAAAAAUCGAAAAAAAUAUAGAAAAGUUUUGACCACGCCCCAACGUUAGCAUGUUCCAUGACGUCCUAUUUCAAGCAAGUAAAUCAUUAAUAAAUCUACGCUCUGUUUGUCUUUGAAAGUUGAGAUGUGAAAAAAAGAAAAAAUACCAAAAUGGGUAAAACAGACAGUACGAUUAUUUGAAAUAAAAUGUAAAAAUGUAAAUUUCUGUUCAUUUUAAUUCAUAUUCACAAUAAUCAUUUUAAGGAAUGGUUUAUGUUUAUUUGUAAUUGAGUAUUUCAAAAUUAUAAUAGGGGAAGCCCCACUCCUUGCAGCACCGCCCCUGGGGAGCGUUUCAUUAAAGGAUUUUAUCCGACAAGUCCUGUUUUAUCCGACAAUUACCAUAGUAACAGUACCUCUCAGCCAAUUAGAAUCAAGGAAAAAUGUCAGAUAUGACAACUUGUCGACAAAAAUGUUGAUGAAAUGCUCCCCCGGUCUACAUCUCAUCAUGCUGCUUAUCAAACUUUAAAACAAGAAACUGACGAUUUAUCUGUCAUGGAAUUCAUUUCAUCGAUUCCCAUCCUUUCUCAUAUCAUUUCUUAAAGAAUAUGCCAUUCGUGGAAAGCUUAAAAUAACACACCAGAAGAUUAGAUGACAUAGCAACUAUUAUUGAUGCAGACCUCUAAGUUUCUAAUGCAGUGGCUGUAUUUACGACGUUACGUUGCUAUUGAAUAAGUGUAUGUAUGUUUGCAUAUUCUUGCUUACUAGUAUUACCGAUUGUUAUUAUACAGUAUAAUGAUUAUAUAUUAUGAAAUAUGAAUGACUCUUUGAAUUUACAUGUUUUUUUAGUUGAGGACCCCCCCCCCCCACACACACACACGAAUUGAAUAGUAUGUGAUUUUUUUUUCUUAUUGCUGAUUAUUUCCUGAAAUUCAUUUACCUGAAAAAAAGUAACCAGCAGGGUAAAUUCUAUAUUUGUUAUUCAUGAAAACGUGUGUUGCUGCCCUCUACGUUCCCUGUAUAUUACUUGGAACUUAUCUGAGGAAUACCUGAAUACUAGCGGCCCAACUAGCGGCUAAUUUACGUCUGCAUAUUAUAACAAACCUCUUACAACUGAGAUUUCAGGUUGCCAAGUACUAGUUAUCACAAAUAUAUAAGAAUGCUCAUGGACUCGCAUGUAAUAAAAGUAAUAAAUGAUGAUUCGCAAAUCAAUAA